GUGUUUUGCUAUUUCUAUAACAAUAGCAUUUUGAUUGUUGUUAUCAGCAAUUGAUUUGAUUAUCACUUUAUUAUUAAAAACUUUGAUUCAAACAACACUUCAAUUGAAUGAGUUGUCGUCAACGCAACACUUGUGACAACACUUAGCAAACAAUACACAAAAAUCAGACCAUUUUCUUACACCAAAAGACAAUCGAUGACAAUGUCUUUAUCUGCCGAUGAAGUGUCUCGAUAUAGUCGACAAAUGCUAUUACCCGAAGUGGGCAAAAGUGGUCAGUUGGCACUCAAAUCUACUUCGGUUCUUAUAGUCGGUUGCGGUGGACUCGGAUGUCCCGCCAGUCUGUAUCUGACGGCUGCAGGAAUCGGCAAAAUUGGUUUAGUGGACAACGAUUUGGUCGAGAAAAGCAAUCUUCACCGACAAGUACUUCAUAACGAACAGAGAAUCACAAAACCGAAGACAGACUCGGCUUUCGAGACUUUGAAAGCAUUAAACUCUAACGUUGUCUUCGAGACAAUCAAUUGUCGUCUCAUUCGAGACAAUGCCUCAGAAAUUGUCUCAAAAUAUGACAUUAUUAUUGACGGAACCGAUAAUCCAAUGACUCGAUACCUGUUAAGCGAUGUCUGUGUUAUUAAUAAAAAGCCUCUCGUGUCCGGAUCUGCGCUUAGAUUUGAUGGACAGUUAACUGUUUAUAACUUCGACUCUAAUACUCCGUGUUAUAGAUGUCUUUUCCCGAGUCCACCUCCUGUCGGAACUGUAACUAAUUGUAGUGAUGGAGGAGUAUUGGGUGUAAUUCCGGGAACUAUUGGUAAUCUUCAGGCCUUAGAAACCAUUAAAAUAGCUUUGGGACGAAAGCCAACAUACGCGGGAAAGAUGCUGCUCUUUGAUGGACUCAACGGCGAGUUUCGGACCAUUACAUUACGUGGCAAACGAUCAGAUUGUAUCAGUUGUGGACCAAAUGCCACCAUUGGUCCCGAACUCGUUGACUACGAAACCUUUUGUGGCAUUCAAUGUAAUGCCAGUCAGUAUCUGAAAAUUCUUGAAUCAGAAGAACGAAUGACUGCAAAGGAAUAUUUCGACAAUUAUUUUAAUACUAAUGAAAAGCAUUUAUUGAUUGAUGUCAGAGACAAACUACAGGCAGAUAUCACAAAAUUAGAUAACGCUGUAAACAUCCCUUUAAAAGAUAUACAAAAUGGUAAUGGAUUUCAACAAAUAGAGGAUCUCAUUGAUCAACAAAUGGAUAAAACAAAUGUAAAACUAAUAAUAAUGUGUAGGAGAGGUAAUGCCUCUCAAAAGGCGGUCAGACUAUUAAAAACUAAAAUAAAUGACAUAUUAAUUAAAGAUAUCAUUGGAGGGCUCGAGGCCUGGGCUAAGGAAGUUGACCCCAAGUUUCCAAUGUAUUGA